UAUAAAAGCCACGCUGUCACGAGGGCGCUAUCCUGCAGAGGAGCUCAAGUGUAAGUCAGAGAAGCAGACAGACAAAACAGAAGACUGCACUUGCUUUCCCGUGGCUGCUUUCUCUAGCUGUAAUCAUGUCCAGAAACCUGCUGAAGAACCCCUGUGGGGAAGAGCAGCUGGAAUUCUGGGACUUGACGGAGAACGGAGGGAGUCAGUGGAAGGUGGAGGAAAUGCCGGGAGACUGUGGCCACGACUUCUGCAGCGAUGGCGUGACCACAUACUUUGCUACCUCCUUUGAGCUGUGUCUCAAGAGACAGCUCAUCGACCUGUUAGCGGAGGGUUACUCUUCCGAGCAGUUGGACACUCAGCCUCCCGUCACAGUGGAAGACUGGUACUGCGGGAGGACGGAUUGUGGUUGCACCUAUCAAAUGACCGUGUGUCUGCUGGAUGAGAAUCAGGAGCUCAUACAGGAGUUCAAACCUGAUCCGGUGACCCUCGACCCCGACUGUGACGACUGCUCGUGGAAAGAGGUGAGCCACACAUUUUCUGACUAUGGCCCCGGAAUGCGUUUCAUCUUGUUUGAACACGGAGGACAAGACACCAGGUUCUGGGACGGUUGGUUUGGAGUCCGGGUCACUGGGAGCUCUGUUACUGUCGUGGUCUGAACGAGACGCAAAAGAGUGAAAGGAGAAGAGGAAGGUUAGGAAUACUGAAAGGAGGAAGGUGGAGUAAUAGAGGGGCUCCAGAGUGACAGAGUGGAGUGUAGGUUUCGAAGGUUUCAAGAGGACCAGCUUUGCCUUAUACAUUUAGCUUGCACCUCUGUAUAUCACGCAUACUGCUGUUGAUGCUGCUGCUAUAAAGACUGUAGUUACAAAUCUGUUAAAACACCAUCAUGGUGGCAUGUCGGCUUUACUAACCUCAAAAUAGCAAAAUUACUGCUCGUAACACCUCCUUAAUCAUCAUCUAUUAACUACUACCUCUGCACAGUGGCUGACCCUGGCGUUUAGCUGAAUGAUGUGUUUGGUGUGUGGGGGUGUUGGAAGCCGUCAAGUGGUUUGUCGUUCAAAUUGAAAUUAAAAUGAUGAAACAAAUCAUUGGCUGAACUUUUAUGUAAAGAUCAACUGAACGUGAUAAUCCUUCAACCCAAUAUAGCUCUACUGUAAAUGCAGGACUCAGUGAUUGUGGUUGGACUUCAUCUACAAGAAUGACUGUUACUACCAACCAGACAUAUGCUCACAAUGGCUGUCUUGGGAGCAGUAGUAGAAAGAGGCUAAGUACAUUUACUCUAGUAGUGUACUGUUAAAUACUGGACUUAAGUACAAUUUGGAGGUACUUGCAGUUUACCUGAGUAUUGCAUUGUACACUUCUACUCUACUACAUUUCAGAGGGAAAUCUUGUACCCCACUACAUUUAUCUGACAGCUGUAGUAACUCAUUUGUUUCCAGAUUAAUUAAAUAAAUAAUUACAUUUUACAUUAAGAAAGCAUGAUAAGCUUAUACAAUGCAUUGUUUAAAAGUAAACCAGUACUGGGUGCGAACUACAGGGGAGCCAGGGGGAGCAGGGAUCCUCUUAAUAAGACAUGAGCUCCCUGAAAACAUGGACUGCGACUAUUAUUGUAAGAUUUGUGCAUUAGGGUGAUUCACCACUUAUUCACUUCAAUGAUGACACUGUAACUACAGCUGUCAGAUUAAUACAGCAGAAUAAAAAGUGCAAUAUUCCUCUCUGAAAUAUGGAGUAAAAGUAGAAAUUUGUAUAAAUGGAAGCACCUAAAAGUACAGGUACAGUACAGCACUUGAGUAAACUGCCUCUAAACUACUCAGAUAAUUUGAUAUACAGUAAAUGUAAGGCCUUAAUACAUCAAAUUAUACAAUAUUUAUUAAAAGAGGAUAGAAAACGUUAUCAGUGGCUGUGGAAGAGGCUUAAGACAAUUCCGGCCAAUAACAUUUGCUAUAUUUAUACCAAUAAACACAGGGCUUUCUGUGGAGUUUCUCUAGAGGAAACUGUUAUUGUCUGACAGGCUGAUGCAGUUUCAAAUAUGAAUACAGCAGCUCAAAUAAAUACACUUCUCUAAUGGUUGUACUUAAAUUACUAAAGUAAGAUACAAAGCAUGCUGCAAGUACAAGACAGAGCUGUAUUCUUCUUAUUUCCUGCCCCAUUAAUCAUCCCACAAGCCUUCAGAUUUAUCUUGUGACCCUUUGGACCCCUCAGCUGGAAAACACCGGACUUACCUAUGAACUGUAGCUUAAGCAGAUAAACUACUCAAAAGUACUCUGAUCUCAGACCAUAGGGCAGAAAUAUUCUGCUGAGUGAUAGUCAUGUUAUUUCAUUCCUCAUUGUGGAGCCCAAUGUAGAAUAAAAUAACUAGUACAAAUGCAGGACCACUCUAAAUGAGGCCAACCCAACUCAAUUUAGCUUAAUUUCAAAAUAAGAGCGCACUGUUAGUCAAGAUAAUUACAUCCAGGACUAACAAAUCAAUCCUCAAACCUGCUCAAAGAGCAUGUUGUACAAAGGACGAUAAGGAGGACAUGGAUAACAUGCACACACUAUCAAAGAAAACCACACAUUUAAAAAAACUCACUUUUAUUUGAAUUGAAUCGAGAUUGUAUAACUCAAGUGAGAUACUGUCCUAAAAGCAAUAUACACAUUUUACAGCCAUCACACAUAUAAAUAAAAGUUGAUUAUGUUGCAAAACGUGUGAAUGUGACAAUAAAAUGCAGUGUUAUUCCCAUACAGGUCAGGUAUUACUGCAGACAGUGUUGAAAGUGAGCACCAUUAACAACAAGCUACAUUAAGCAUUGUUUAUGGAUCAACCAAAACAACCUGUAAUCCUUCCAUUCCCAGUUAGAAGCACGGUCUGUGGCUGACUGGUAUUUUGUCCGUUUUAUCAUCUUACCAGUUUUAGACAGUGUAGCAACCAUGUGAUAUUAGCUGUAGUACUGUUAGCAAUGCAACCACUAACUGCAGCCUCAGA